AUGGACGACGCCAUUCUUUACCUGAGCGACGAGCAAAGGCUCGAAGCGUUCGAGCGCAACUGGUCGAGACUGGAGGGCUCAACUCCACUACGCCUCGACCCUGAUGCACUGAGGUCGUGUGUCCAACUUCUGCCUCGUGUCGAGCCUGGUGCAGCCAGCGAGCCCCAUGCGAAGCUUACGGAUCUUCUUCUAUGUCGACUACGCGAUGAACGACAAGAGUCGGAGUACCUCUACCGGCUCGCUGAAGCGUGCUCCAGCAACGAGUCGUUUGCCCUUCUCAUCUUCAAGACAGUAAUUUCCAGCGGAGAGUCUGGUCGAGACGGGCGGACGGUGUCUCCUGAACAGCAGAUACUUCGAAUAGCAGCAUUUCUGACGUUUCUCAAGUGCUCUUACUGGCUACCCCCUGACAGCCAUCAUGUGCUCGAGCCUGGUCUCGUCGAGCUACUCUCCACUUUCGUUGGCAUCGAGGGUCUCCAUGAACCUGCAUUGGAUGCACUGUCUGCACUGCUGUCACUGCUCAGCCGCCGACCACACGAACCACUCUACUCAAUUGUCGACCAGUCUCUUUGGACUUCCUUCAAGGCCCUCGGUACUGCACGUUUUGGUACCAAAUCAAGCAAACUGUUCAAGGUCUGGUUUCAAUGGAUCUCCCAAGCAGCCACGGAUGGCCUCGAUCCAGAAGGUGUUUACGAGGAACUAUACUGGGACAGGGUGCGAACCGGAUUGCUUACUGGAUUUGCUGAUCAGCGCAAAUACUGCCUGGGUAUUGUCCGGGCUUCUCUACUUGCUGCACAGAGCGACAUCAAUACACCCACUAUGCGCAUGCAAGUCGACAGGCGAGAUGUCUACGUCAAGGCCUACGAUCGUUACUUCGUUCUCUACGAGACCAUAGUCCUCGACCGCUAUGCGAAUCAAAUCGAAGCUUGCCUCGCUGAGCUGUCGGCCCUGUUCGGCUCUCAAUCGGUCGUCACUGCGUCGAUGGCGACAACAUUGCUCUCCUCUGGACUGGAUCCUCAAGUGCAAGAAGGCAUCCGCAAGGUCAUCGGCAAUUGGUACUUUGGCUUCAUGAGCGGCAGUCAGAGCCCCCUCUCGAAGGACUCAGAGUCCCUGACUGAACACACGGACUUCCUUAUUAGGGGUUUCCUGCCAUGGGCGACUCAGGGCAGCUUAUUCACUUCUACAUUGAAGGCGAGUCGCACGGAUACCAAAUGCGGCCAUGGCGCAGCGCUCGUUCAACUCAUCGCCCGCUUCAUUGUAUCAAAGUAUUCAGAUGAGGCGUAUCGCGGAGAAUUGCUUGCCUUGGUGUUGCAUUUCGUUCUUGAUGCAGGAGGGAAGAUGUUCCAGAUGUCAACUCUGUAUUUGUUGGAGGGACUGAUCAAAGGCUACGAUGUAGCCAACCAAAAUGGCGGACCGACCCGGCUUACGCAGCGAGCCAUAGAGGUUAUCCUUGGGGUCUCGAGGACUCCAGGGCUUCCGGAGAUCGCUAGCGACUUGUACAAGAUCUAUUGCAAGCGACUUUGUGACUUUGCAGAUCUCGAUCUGGGUUUGAGCUCGAUUCCCGGUUACAUUGCACUGAACAACAAGGUCGAGGAGCUCAGCAGGAUUGACGAAAUAUCCAAGUCGCAAGCCACAGCAGUCUCGACAGACAGCGACUUGGCCUCUCUAUCAACAUUCUUACAAACAUUGCAAGACACGAAACACACAUCCAUACAAGGUUCCGCCUAUGCGACGGCAUGCGACCAGCUCGUAGCUUACCUCGACAAGGCUGAUCUGGCGUCGAUAACCAGUGAUGAGCUCCACACUACGCUGGACGCUAUGUGGGAAGAAGCGGACCGCCGAGAGUUCAACCGAUCGGUUGCCGUGCAUCUGCCUACUUUGCUAUUCCAUCCAACCUGCAUCCAGAUUUGCUUGCGGGAACAUGUGGACAACUCGGAAGAUGGUUCUGGCAACGGUCUCGAAGCUCUUCUGACAAAGGCGGUAGAAACUUUGCAACAACUCUCAGAAGGAAGGUCGUAUAUCCUCACGAGUUUCGCGACCUCUUUGUGCAGGGCUGCUUUUUCACAUCCAGCCGUCAUUGAGGUACUCCCUUACGAAGACGUCAUACUUCGGUUCCUGAAUCACCCACCAGCCGCAAAGGCAGAGUUCCUGUUCGAGGUAGCUGCUGCAGACAAGCUUCAACAUUACAUAACCCAUCGCAGCUAUGCCUCGUACUACGGCCAACGCGAGUGGCACGCAUAUGCCGCAUGGAUUGACCUUUUGAACCGCUUCCCAGAAGAGCAGAAGCACCUUGCGAAACGCAUUUUCGAUCGCUUGCUCGAACCCUGGGCUGGUCAAAAGGGAUCAAUACCCGUCAUCAGCAAGUGGAAGGAUGUCUUCCAGCUGCAAGCCAUGCUUAUACUCACUGAAUAUUGCGUCUCAGAGGCCGAUGCAGAUGCGUAUCUUGACAAGUUCAUGCACGCUCUGACUGUAGAGCAAUGGCCACGUUACCGCUUCGUCCUCGAAUGGGCUAUCACCCGUAUCUAUUUCCAUUAUCCCAGCAAAGCCGACCGCAUACUGAAGGACCUCGCCCACCUUGAUGAGAACAGUCCGAUCCACAUAGCUUCUCUGAUGAAGCUUGCAGUCCUCACUGCACCUUUCUUGGACUCAGAAGAUUUUGCACUUACCCUCAUCACUCAACUCAUCCCCUUCUCGGCGAGCCAAAAAGUACACAUCAGACACGAAGCCCACCUCUCCUUCCCGAUGAUCUUCGAGCUGGCCGAAAAGAAGGGCUGGACUAACAUCACCUCCAACCCCGGCUUCUCGGUCCUGAACACACAUAUUCGUCAGACCGAGAAGUUCAAGACCCCAGCCUGGUCCAUCAGGACGCUCAGGAUUGACGCUGUUGCUGACCUCACGCUCACUGAGAUCUUUCAAGGCCAGUAUCUGUACAUUGAGAGUCCAGAACCGGAGCGUGUCGCACAUGACGACUUCGUUGCCCUCGCCCACGGCAGCAAGAGCACCACCCUGCCACCAGCGCGUAUCAGCUUGGGCAACCCUAGAACUCAGACCAAGGUCCCGGUGAACCCCAAACCAGCAGAGUUCACCCUAGACGAGGACGGCGUGAAGUCAAACUUCUACCAAACGAAGUCUGGGUUUGACUUCAACUCGCUUCUUCCAGCUGCUGGUGCGCCGCACCUCCAAGACAAGCAGCCAGCUUCCGUCAUCCUGGUAGCCUCGCUCAUCGACAAUCCUACCAACCUUGGCGGCCUGUCACGUAUCUCAGAGUCCUUCGGCUUGGAGACGUUGUACAUCAACGACAUCAAGAAGACCGCACACAAGGACUUCAAGGCUACUAGUGUGACCUCCGAGAAGCACUUACCGAUCAAAGAGCUCAAGGAGGCGAACGUUCCGGUCUUCCUCAUCGGUAUGAAGAGGAAGGGUUACAAGGUCGUUGGCAUCGAACAGACAGACCGCAGCGGUAUACUUGGCGACGACGCUGCCGGAGGAUCGAAAGACGUUGGCACUCUACCCAAACGAUGUGUGUUGGUGCUCGGAGCAGAGAAGAGCGGCAUCACGCCCGAGGUUCUCAGUGUCAUUGACCGCUGCGUGGAAAUCAGAACGGUUGGCAUGACAAGGAGCUUGAAUGUGCAAACUGCCGGCGGCAUUGCUGUGUACGAGUGGUGGAGGGAAUGGGCUGGGAAGGCUUGA